AUGAACAAAAAGAAAACGUCGGGACACUUAGACACAACACAUUCAUCAUGCGUAUACAUCCCGCCGCUGGAAGGAUGCCACGUGGAAGCAUGGCUGGAAGACGAGACGAUAGCACAGGAAAAGAUACGUGGAGAACUGACAAAGCAGCAAUUUCUGUUAGAUUUGUUGCAUUCGAAGAUAAGCGCCCGGCAUGAGAGAGGAAGAACGACUGCGGAACUGGAUGAACACGCGUGGCAGGUGCAGAAUAGUAUCACGGCUAUCAAAAGGAAGUUGAAACAACUCGUCGACGCCCUACCUCCAGUAGUCUCUCUGGACACAACAGCCGACUCCAGAUGUAUAGAAAUGUAUGAGGAGAAGCAGUUGAUGGCAACACAGGGAAUGCUUCGAGAGGAUAUAAGUGAGGAGAGACAGAAGGUGGCUAAACUAUGUUGGCAAUUGGAGAAUAUGAAGCAGUUGGCAAAAGAAGAAGAAGAUUCAGAAGAUAAUAAGGAUUCAGACGACACUGAUGAGCAGGAAUGUAAACUAGAAGAGGCCGCCCGUUCCGCGCUUCUCGAAGAGAUCACCCGUCUCCGUUCCGCCUGUGCUGAUUUACGUGCUCGACUCGAAAUGGAAUCGUUGACUCAACGAGAACUACCCAAUUAUGACUCCCUUUGA